AUGUCAUUCUUCACCUCUCUGUCAAAAUCUCAUUCACCAAAUGCUUCCAUUGCAGAUGUUCCUGGAAUUCCAGGUGAACUAUCUGCCAAGGUUACUGCACCCACAAAUGUCCAGCUGGAAUGGAACCCACCUGGAGAUGAUGGUGGACGAGCACUUGAGGUUUACGUUGUGGAGAAGCGUCUUGAAGACGACACU